GGGAAGGGGUUAAGGGCCCCCCACGGGUUGGCUGAACCCCCUCAGGGGCUCCCCAAGGGCUCAUUACCGCGGCCUCAGCCCCCCUGCCCGGGGGAAUGAAUAAUUCAGCGCCUGGUAGGAGACGUGUCCUCCCUCCCUCUCCUUCCUCCUCCUCCUCCUCCUCCUCACCGGCUCUGCCUUCCCCACCUCCCGCCGCUCUCAGUCCUCGCCGUACCGAGCCCCGGGUGCUACCGAACUCUGCUCAGCACCGGCGGCGGAGACCCCCCUGCUCCGGCAGCAGCGGUGACGCGCGGUCGAGGCCAUGGACCCCAAGGAUCGCAAGAAGAUCCAGUUCUCCGUGCCGGCACCCCCCAGCCAGCUGGACCCCCGCGCCGUCGAGAUGAUCCGCCGGCGGAGGCCCACGCCGGCCAUGCUCUUCCAGCUCUCCGAACACUCUUCCCCAGAGGACGAGUCCCUGCCCUACCAGCGCACCUCCGGCGAGGGCUGCCUGCUUAAACCAAAGAGGACCAACCCGUGUGCCUACACGCCGCCCUCGCUCAAAGCGGUGCAGCGCAUCGUGCAGUCCCACCUGGAGAGUGGCCUGGCCGGGGGUGACAGCUCCGACGGGGAGGCCGAUGACGGGGACCACGAACUGGCCCACGCCUGCGACCCCGACAGUGCCCUCGAACCUGCCCCGGGGAGCCAGGCCAGAGCCGAGCGGAGCUUCUUCCCCGCCGGCCUCAAGGCGCACAAACGGAAAGAGGAGCGCGGGCAGGACCUGAAGUCGCUGACGGUGUCCGAGAUCCCCGAGGACCCCGAGGGAGCGGAGGGUGACGAGGAGGAGCCGGGACGGGAGCAGGAGGAUGGCGGCACCGGGGAGCGGCGACACGUCGGCUUCGCCGAGGUUCCCUCGCGUCCCAUCGGCACCGAGCGUCACUCGCCCACCUUCCCGCUGGGCACCAGUUAGCCGCCACCGGCCAUCCCAGCUGCCCCCCCCCCCACCCCGGCCUCAGCAGCAGCUUCACCUCUACCCCCCCCCCC